GACUGCAACAUGUUCAAGUUUGUAACUUUAUUCGCCCUAGUGGCUUGCGCUGUUUCCGAAGAGGUGUUCUUGGCCAAGCCCCAACUCGAUGGACGUAUUGUAGGUGGUGUUUCAGUCAACAUUAACGACUAUGGAUAUCAACUAUCUCUGCAAAGCAAUGGCCGUCACUUCUGUGGCGCUUCCAUCGUCAGCGACACCUGGGCCGUAACCGCAGCUCACUGCGUCGUUGGAUCAGGCACAUCUGGUUUAACUCUGCGCGCCGGAACCAGCACCCACAACAGCGGCGGUACUUCCCACCGUGUUGCCCAAAUCGUCGUCCACCCACAAUACAACGGCAACACCAACAUCAACGAUGUUGCUGUUCUCCGUGUUCAAGACAAAUUCGUAUUAAACGGCAGAUCAGUUCGCCCCGUUGACAUGAUCGCUUCUGGUGUUGACACUCCAGCUGGAGCUCCCCUUUACGUCACUGGAUGGGGUGCAGUCUACGAAGGAGGUGCAGGAUCCACCCAAUUACAAGGAGUAGGUGUACCAUGCGUAGCACAAAACACAUGUAACAGCAAAUACUCCCAAUUCGGCGGUGUUGCUCCAAGCAUGAUCUGCGCUGGAUUUGACCAAGGCGGUAAGGACGCUUGCCAAGGAGACAGCGGUGGCCCAUUGGUUGAUGCCAACGGCCGUUUGGUCGGUGUUGUAUCUUGGGGAUACGGAUGCGCUCGUCGUGACUACCCAGGUGUCUAUGCUCGCGUUGCUAACCCAACUGUCAGAUCUUUCAUCAAAUCUUACACUGGAUUGUAAAUUAACUAAUCUUUUGUCAUUGCCAUUUGUAAUAAAUAAAAUUUAAAUUUACUAAAAA